AGGUUUAAGUUGUACGCAGUUGAGUGAGAGCCAGCCCAAAUCAAGCAUGGACUGGUUAACACGCUCCGCUAUGCUUCUUCUCCUAAUUUUUUUUUGGUGCAAUGGCAUCUUUGGCCAGAGCAUAGCUGGUCAAGAAAUUUCUACGACCUCAAAUAUUAAUUCAGCUCAGAAUUUUGCAACUUCUUUUGUAAAUUACAUUGUAGCUUCUGGUGUCUUUCCGGAACAAGAGGAGGAGGACAUGAAAGAAUUUGUUCAAGCUUUAUCUUUUGCCAUUUCCAGCUUGACAAAUUCUAAGUGGGCUUCACAUGCAAAAAUAGAGGCAUUAUGCAUGGCAUUUGCAUCCGCAAUGGCUGAACUAGUUGUCAUUGAGGACGAUGACGGUGAUCACGUGUCCAGUGACCUGAAAACUAAAGUUAUAGCAGACGCAUUAGGUCAAGCGUUUAAGGAAACCACUGGUUCUGUUAAUGAGGCCUUUAUAGAAGAAAUUAAAGAGCUGAUCGGGAUGUUCGCACAUGCCGUAGUUAGUGGUAUAGAUGAAAGUGAAGACUUGACAGUUCAUUUGCCUUCUGCCCCAGAACACAGUGAGAAAUUAGCAAGUGCAUUCGAACUUGCAUCUGGUACCUCAAGUCCAGCUGCAGCUCCACCACAGCAACCUGAAUCGGAAUUAUCCCCGCUUACAGAAGGAUUAUACAAAGCGCUUGUUAAUGAUCCUGGAUUUAAUCAUGUUUUCGAAGAUGAUGUAACACCAGCAAAAAUAAAUGCUAUAGCAUCGGCUAUAGCUGGGUCUGUUGCAUCUGUUAAAGCAUUUACGCCUGUUGGAUAUUCAGCCCUUGUAAAAGCUUACAUGCAAGCAUCUUCCGAUAUAAAAGAUGGGGCAGCAAUAACCGAUUAUGCCCGUGUAUUUUCCAAUGCAACAGCUCAAGUUUUGAAAAAUGCAGGAGUUUUUACUGGUGGUAUUUCAUCAGAGCACAUUACUGCGGCUGUAGAAGCUAUUAGCAAUGGUAUUGCAACUGCAUCAAUCACCCCUACAGAUAGCGUUUCAAGCACUGAUGCGCAAGUUAUCUCUGACUCAGACAUUGCGUCGUCUGUGCUUUCUAGUCAUAUUCCGGCUUAUACUGCUCCAGCUGGUACACCGGCAGUAGCAAUCAAUUUUGCAAGGGAAAUAUAUUCAUCACUGGUUUCUGAUCCACGAUUUGCGUCUAUUUUCCAGGUCCCAUUAUCAGCACAAAGUGUUAAUGUUUACCUAAACGCCAUAGCUAAAGCUUUGAUAUCUAUUAACACAUUUUCUUUAAUCAGACCCGAAGAACUUCUUAACAGUUAUCAAGAAGCAAUUAGCGGAAUCGCCCCUGGAUCGGCUUCUACAGUCUAUGGGCAAACAAUCGCUCGUGUUACAGCAUUUAUUUUUAAUAAAUACAAACUUUUAACACCCGAAAUUGUUAGUAGUGUUUCGAACACAAUAAAAAGCUCUUUGGCGAGUGCGCUGACAUCUGCUGCGCAAGAACUUAGUAAUGAAAUUACAGGAAGUGUUGUCCCUGUAAUUCCAGUGACUGAUACAACAAAAUUGGAAAUCACACCUGAAAUCUCUCAAAACGCAGAAUUAAUUGACGAAAAGAAUCUCGAACGAGAAGCUUCUGAACGGCCAACACAAACCUCAUACGCAGCAAUACCUGACUAUACAGCUGCAGAUGACACACCAGCAGUUUCUGUUGCAUUUGCAAAGAAAAUCUACAACGCUUUGAUAUCAGACAACAGAUUUACAAAUGCCUUCGUGUCACCUCUAUCUCCUCUGCGUGCUCGACUGUAUCUUAGUGCACUUGCAACAGAAAUAUGCUCCAUACCCAGAUUUAGUUCAAUUACUGAUGCAGAACUUGAAGAAAAUUACAUAGAAGCCAUCUCACCAAUACCAACACCAUCAGAACCGUACGUAUAUGCAAAAGAAAUUGCAAGCGACACAGCAUUAAUAUUUUAUGAAAAUAAUUUACUAACAUGGCAAGCAGUGACAGCAACUUCAGCGGCUAUACCCAAUGCAGUAAACAAUGCUUUAAGCACAGCGUCUGCUCAAGAUUCUGAAUUUUCCGCAGCAACUGGUACUACUGAAGGUACUACAGAAUACAAUGAGCAAAUUGAAGAAGACGAAAAAACUGCAUCAUCUUCUCAAAUAGCUAAGGAAGCUUCAUACACAGUGCCAGCAGGAACAACACCUGUUGCGAGAAACUUCGGAAAGCAAAUCUUUAAUUCUCUCGUUUCGAAUCCAAAAUUUGAACUGCUUCUUGAAGAGCCACUUUCACUAACAAAUUUACGAUUAUUUCUUACAGCACUCGCGACAUCCAUUUGUUCAAUCCCUCAGUUUCGAGUAGUAGCUGUAAACGAUUUAACAACUAGGUACACGCAAGCAGUUACCGAGAUUCCCGCUAAAUCGGAAUUACAAAGCUAUGCACAAGUGAUUGCACAGACAACUGCAGAAUAUAUGAGUGCAAAAAAAUUACUAUCCCUACAAGCAGUAUCAGCAUUAUCAGACUCUAUAGAUUCAACAAUUCAAGCUGCAUUAAAUUCUAUUACACUAAAAAGCAAAAUUUCCGUUGCGGAAGUAGGUGAGACUGCCGCGGAAACUACUGCUGAAACUGAAAUUUCAGAAGCUGCAACAACGCAAGCAGCUGCUUAUGUCACUCCGGCAGGAGCUUCUCCAGCUGUUGCUAACCUUGGAAGAGGAAUUUAUUCUGCCCUUGUUUCCGAUCCGACAUUCGCUGGCGCAUUCUCUGCGCCGUUCUCUCUCCUAAAAGCAAAACCAGUCAUUGUUGCUUUGGCCAGACGUAUAACAUCGUUCCCGCAAUUUGGAGGGCUCCCCUUGAGUACCUUAGUACCUGCCUAUAUAAACGCCGUUCAAAAAGUCUUACCGGGAUCGGAUCCCGCUGCUUACGCACAAGCACUUGCCACAACGACUGCUCAAGCUCUUUCCGCCCACAAUUUGUUGUCGCCGCAAGUGGUUGCUGCGGUGGGAGGAGAGCUACACGCCGCAGUGGCCGCCGCACUGCAAGCAACAUCUCAAGACCCUUCCGCUGCAGCCGCAGCAGAGCGAGAAGAAGGGUUUGCCGGUGAAGGACUUGGAGCUCUUGCUGCAGGAGAGGCCGAAGCAGGUAUUGGUGAAGAGGAAGAGGCCGCAGAGAGUGAAGAAGCUGCAGAAGAGGUGGAAGAGGAGUUUGAAACUUCCGAAGAAGAAGAAUUAGAAGAGGCUGCGGGUUUGGAGGGAGCAGCAGCGUUCGUUGCCCCUGCCGGUUUAACGCCAUCUGGAUUAAGAUUUGCAACCACCCUGUAUCAGAAACUCCUAUCAAACGCCGCAUUUACAUCCUCCUUUAGAGCUGGGCUCAGCACACAAGCCGCGACUGCUACGCUUUCUCAAAUUUCGAUUGCUCUCAGCAGACUUGGAGCGUUCAGCCGUCUGCCCGUUGCUGUUUUAACGGCUGAUUUCACUUCUGGCCUGGGUCGCCUUGGAGUAGGUGCUGCAACGUCCCGUUACGCCCAGCUUGUUGCAGGAAGUAUUGCCUUAGAAGCGUCUCGGAGGCGAUUGAUUACCGAAGGUCAAGAAACAUCUCUCGCCGAAUCCGUUGUCGCGGCAGUUUCUAGUGGUAUCGAGGAAGCUCGAUCCGCUGGAGUUAUUUUCGGCGUCGAAGAGGCCGCUGCCGUUGUGGAAGCAGGUGAGACUGCCGCGGAAACUACUGCUGAAACUGAAAUUUCAGAAGCUGCAACAACGCAAGCAGCUGCUUAUGUCACUCCGGCAGGAGCUUCUCCAGCUGCUGCUAACCUUGGAAGAGGAAUUUAUUCUGCCCUUGUUUCGGAUCCGACAUUCGCUGGCGCUUUUUCUGCGCCGUUCUCUCUCCUAAAAGCAAAACCAGUCAUUGUUGCUUUGGCCAGACGUAUAACAUCGUUCCCGCAAUUCGGAGGGCUCCCCUUGAGUACCUUAUUACCUGCCUAUAUAAAUGCCGUUCAAAAAGUCUCACCGGGAUCGGAUCCCGCUGCUUACGCUCAAGCGCUUGCCACAACGACAGCUCAAGCUCUUUCCGCCCACAAUUUGUUGUCGCCGCAAGUGGUUGCUGCCGUGGGAGGAGAGCUACACUCCGCAGUGGCCGCCGCACUGCAAGCAACAUCUCAAGACCCUUCCGCUGCAGCCGCAGCAGAGCGAGAAGAAGGGUUUGCCGGUGAAGGACUUGGAGCUCUUGCUGCAGGAGAGGCCGAAGCAGGUGUUGGCGAAGAGGAAGAGGCCGCAGAGAGUGAAGAAGCUGCAGAAGAGGUGGAAGAGGAGUUUGAAGCUUCCGAAGAAGAAGAAUUAGAAGAGGCUGCGGGUUUGGAGGGAGAAGCAGCGUUCGUCGCGCCUGCCGGUUUAACGCCAUCUGGAUUAAGAUUUGCAACCACCCUGUACCAGCAACUCCUAUCAAAUGCCGUAUUUACAUCCGCCUUUAGAGCUGGGCUCAGCACACAAGCCGCAACUGCUACGCUUUCUCACAUUUCAACUGCUGUCAGCGGACUUGGAGCGUUCAGCCGUCUGCCCGUUGCUGUUUUAACGGCUGAUUUCACUUCUGGCCUGGGUCGCCUUGGCGUAGGUGCUGCAGCGUCCCGUUACGCCCAGCUUGUUGCAGGAAGUAUUGCCUUAGAAGCGUCUCGGAGGCGAUUGAUUACCGACGGUCAAGAAACAUCUCUCGCCGAAGCCGUUGUCACGGCAGUUUCUAGUGGUAUCGAGGAAGCUCGAUCCGCUGGAGUUAUUUCCGGCGUCGAAGAGGCCGCUGCCAUUGCUGAAGCAGGAGAGACUGCCGCGGAAACUACUGCUGGAACUGAAAUUUCAGAAGCGGCAACAGCGCAAGCGGCUGCUUAUGUCACUCCGGCAGGAGCUUCUCCAGCUGCUGCUAACCUUGGAAGAGGAAUUUAUUCUGCCCUUGUUUCGGAUCCGACAUUCGCUGGCGCAUUCUCUGCGCCGUUCUCUCUCCUAAAAGCCAAACCAGUCAUUGUUGCUUUGGCCAGACGUAUAACAUCGUUCCCGCAGUUCGGAGGGCUCCCCUUGAGUACCUUAGUACCUGCCUAUAUAAACGCCGUUCAAAAAGUCUUACCGGGAUCGGAUCCCGCUGCUUACGCUCAAGCGCUUGCCACAACAACAGCUCAAGCUCUUUCUUCCAACAAUUUGUUGUCGCCGCAAGCAGUUGCUGCCGUGGGAAGCCAGCUACACUCCGCAGUGGCCGCCGCACUGCAAGCAGCAUCUCAAGAACCUUCGGCUGCAGCAGCAGCAGAGGGAGAAGAAGGAUUUGCCGGCGAAGGAGUUAGAGCUCUUGCUGAAGGAGAGGCCGAAGCUGGUGUUGGCGAAGAGGCAGAGGCCGCAGAGAGUGAAGAAGCUGCAGAAGAGGUGGAAGAGGAGUUUGAAGCUUCCGAAGAAGAAGAAUUAGAAGAGGCUGGUUUGGAGGGAGAAGCAGCGUUCGUCGCGCCUGCCGGUUUAACGCCAUCUGGAUUAAGAUUUGCAACCACCCUGUACCAGCAACUCCUAUCAAAUGCCGUAUUUACAUCCGCCUUUAGAGCUGGGCUCAGCACACAAGCCGCAACUGCUACGCUUUCUCACAUUUCAACUGCUGUCAGCGGACUUGGAGCGUUCAGCCGUCUGCCCGUUGCUGUUUUAACGGCUGAUUUCACUUCUGGCCUGGGUCGCCUUGGCGUAGGUGCUGCAGCGUCCCGUUACGCCCAGCUUGUUGCAGGAAGUAUUGCCUUAGAAGCGUCUCGGAGGCGAUUGAUUACCGACGGCCAAGAAACAUCUCUCGCCGAAGCCGUUGUCACGGCAGUUUCUAGUGGUAUCGAGGAAGCUCGAUCCGCUGGAGUUAUUUCCGGCGUCGAAGAGGCCGCUGCCAUUGCUGAAGCAGGAGAGACUGCCGCGGAAACUACUGCUGGAACUGAAAUUUCAGAAGCGGCUACAGCGCAAGCGGCUGCUUAUGUCACUCCGGCAGGAGCUUCUCCAGCUGCUGCUAACCUUGGAAGAGGAAUUUAUUCUGCCCUUGUUUCGGAUCCGACAUUCGCUGGCGCAUUCUCUGCGCCGUUCUCUCUCCUAAAAGCCAAACCAGUCAUUGUUGCUUUGGCCAGACGUAUAACAUCGUUCCCGCAGUUCGGAGGGCUCCCCUUGAGUACCUUAGUACCUGCCUAUAUAAACGCCGUUCAAAAAGUCUUACCGGGAUCGGAUCCCGCUGCUUACGCUCAAGCGCUUGCCACAACAACAGCUCAAGCUCUUUCCUCCAACAAUUUGUUGUCGCCGCAAGCAGUUGCUGCCGUGGGAAGCCAGCUACACUCCGCAGUGGCCGCCGCACUGCAAGCAGCAUCUCAAGAACCUUCGGCUGCAGCAGCAGCAGAGGGAGAAGAAGGAUUUGCCGGCGAAGGAGUUAGAGCUCUUGCUGAAGGAGAGGCCGAAGCUGGUGUUGGCGAAGAGGCAGAGGCCGCAGAGAGUGAAGAAGCUGCAGAAGAGGUGGAAGAGGAGUUUGAAGCUUCCGAAGAAGAAGAAUUAGAAGAGGCUGCCGGUUUGGAGGGAGAAGCAGCGUUCGUCGCGCCUGCCGGUUUAACGCCAUCUGGAUUAAGAUUUGCAACCACCCUGUACCAGCAACUCCUAUCAAAUGCCGUAUUUACAUCCGCCUUUAGAGCUGGGCUCAGCACACAAGCCGCAACUGCUACGCUUUCUCACAUUUCAACUGCUGUCAGCGGACUUGGAGCGUUCAGCCGUCUGCCCGUUGCUGUUUUAACGGCUGAUUUCACUUCUGGCCUGGGUCGCCUUGGCGUAGGUGCUGCAGCGUCCCGUUACGCCCAGCUUGUUGCAGGAAGUAUUGCCUUAGAAGCGUCUCGGAGGCGAUUGAUUACCGACGGCCAAGAAACAUCUCUCGCCGAAGCCGUUGUCACGGCAGUUUCUAGUGGUAUCGAGGAAGCUCGAUCCGCUGGAGUUAUUUCCGGCGUCGAAGAGGCCGCUGCCAUUGCUGAAGCAGGAGAGACUGCCGCGGAAACUACUGCUGGAACUGAAAUUUCAGAAGCGGCUACAGCGCAAGCGGCUGCUUAUGUCACUCCGGCAGGAGCUUCUCCAGCUGCUGCUAACCUUGGAAGAGGAAUUUAUUCUGCCCUUGUUUCGGAUCCGACAUUCGCUGGCGCAUUCUCUGCGCCGUUCUCUCUCCUAAAAGCCAAACCAGUCAUUGUUGCUUUGGCCAGACGUAUAACAUCGUUCCCGCAGUUCGGAGGGCUCCCCUUGAGUACCUUAGUACCUGCCUAUAUAAACGCCGUUCAAAAAGUCUUACCGGGAUCGGAUCCCGCUGCUUACGCUCAAGCGCUUGCCACAACAACAGCUCAAGCUCUUUCUUCCAACAAUUUGUUGUCGCCGCAAGCAGUUGCUGCCGUGGGAAGCCAGCUACACUCCGCAGUGGCCGCCGCACUGCAAGCAGCAUCUCAAGAACCUUCGGCUGCAGCAGCAGCAGAGGGAGAAGAAGGAUUUGCCGGCGAAGGAGUUAGAGCUCUUGCUGAAGGAGAGGCCGAAGCUGGUGUUGGCGAAGAGGCAGAGGCCGCAGAGAGUGAAGAAGCUGCAGAAGAGGUGGAAGAGGAAUUUGCAACCACAGAAGAAUUAGAAGAGGCUGCCGGUUUGGAGAGAGAAGCAGCGUUCGUCGCGCCUGCCGGUUUAACGCCAUCUGGAUUAAGAUUUGCAACCACCCUGUACCAGCAACUCCUAUCAAAUGCCGUAUUUACAUCCGCCUUUAGAGCUGGGCUCAGCACACAAGCCGCAACUGCUACGCUUUCUCACAUUUCAACUGCUGUCAGCGGACUUGGAGCGUUCAGCCGUCUGCCCGUUGCUGUUUUAACGGCUGAUUUCACUUCUGGCCUGGGUCGCCUUGGAGUAGGUGCUGCAGCGUCCCGUUACGCCCAGCUUGUUGCAGGAAGUAUUGCCUUAGAAGCGUCUCGGAGGCGAUUGAUUACCGACGGCCAAGAAACAUCUCUCGCCGAAGCCGUUGUCACGGCAGUUUCUAGUGGUAUCGAGGAAGCUCGAUCCGCUGGAGUUAUUUCCGGCGUCGAAGAGGCCGCUGCCAUUGCUGAAGCAGGAGAGACUGCCGCGGAAACUACUGCUGGAACUGAAAUUUCAGAAGCGGCUGCAGCGCAAGCGGCUGCUUAUGUCACUCCGGCAGGAGCUUCUCCAGCUGCUGCUAACCUUGGAAGAGGAAUUUAUUCUGCCCUUGUUUCGGAUCCGACAUUCGCUGGCGCAUUCUCUGCGCCGUUCUCUCUCCUAAAAGCCAAACCAGUCAUUGUUGCUUUGGCCAGACGUAUAACAUCGUUCCCGCAGUUCGGAGGGCUCCCCUUGAGUACCUUAGUACCUGCCUAUAUAAACGCCGUUCAAAAAGUCUUACCGGGAUCGGAUCCCGCUGCUUACGCUCAAGCGCUUGCCACAACAACAGCUCAAUCUCUUUCUUCCAACAAUUUGUUGUCGCGGCAAGCAGUUGCUGCCGUGGGAAGCCAGCUACACUCCGCAGUGGCCGCCGCACUGCAAGCAGCAUCUCAAGAACCUUCGGCUGCAGCAGCAGCAGAGGGAGAAGAAGGAUUUGCCGGCGAAGGAGUUAGAGCUCUUGCUGAAGGAGAGGCCGAAGCUGGUGUUGGCGAAGAGGAAGAGGCCGCAGUGAGUGAAGAAGCUGCAGAAGAGGUGGAAGAGGAGUUUGAAGCUUCCGAAGAAGAAGAAUUAGAAGAGGCUGCCGGUUUGGAGGGAGAAGCAGCGUUCGUCGCGCCUGCCGGUUUAACGCCAUCUGGAUUAAGAUUUGCAACCACCCUGUACCAGCAACUCCUAUCAAAUGCCGUAUUUACAUCCGCCUUUAGAGCUGGGCUCAGCACACAAGCCGCAACUGCUACGCUUUCUCACAUUUCAACUGCUGUCAGCGGACUUGGAGCGUUCAGCCGUCUGCCCGUUGCUGUUUUAACGGCUGAUUUCACUUCUGGCCUGGGUCGCCUUGGAGUAGGUGCUGCAGCGUCCCGUUACGCUCAGCUUGUUGCAGGAAGUAUUGCCUUAGAAGCGUCUCGGAGGCGAUUGAUUACCGACGGCCAAGAAACAUCUCUCGCCGAAGCCGUUGUCACGGCAGUUUCUAGUGGUAUCGAGGAAGCUCGAUCCGCUGGAGUUAUUUCCGGCGUCGAAGAGGCCGCUGCCAUUGCUGAAGCAGGAGAGACUGCCGCGGAAACUACUGCUGGAACUGAAAUUUCAGAAGCGGCUGCAACGCAAGCGGCUGCUUAUGUCACUCCGGCAGGAGCUUCUCCAGCUGCUGCUAACCUUGGAAGAGGAAUUUAUUCUGCCCUUGUUUCGGAUCCGACAUUCGCUGGCGCAUUCUCUGCGCCGUUCUCUCUCCUAAAAGCCAAACCAGUCAUUGUUGCUUUGGCCAGACGUAUAACAUCGUUCCCGCAGUUCGGAGGGCUCCCCUUGAGUACCUUAGUACCUGCCUAUAUAAACGCCGUUCAAAAAGUCUUACCGGGAUCGGAUCCCGCUGCUUACGCUCAAGCGCUUGCCACAACAACAGCUCAAGCUCUUUCUUCCAACAAUUUGUUGUCGCCGCAAGCAGUUGCUGCCGUGAGAAGCCAGCUACACUCCGCAGUGGCCGCCGCACUGCAAGCAGCAUCUCAAGAACCUUCGGCUGCAGCAGCAGCAGAGGGAGAAGAAGGAUUUGCAGGCGAAGGAGUUAGAGCUCUUGCUGAAGGAGAGGCCGAAGCUGGUGUUGGCGAAGAGGCAGAGGCCGCAGAGAGUGAAGAAGCAGCAGAAGAGGUGGAAGAGGAGUUUGAAGCUUCCGAAGAAGAAGAAUUAGAAGAGGCUGCCGGUUUGGAGGGAGAAGCAGCGUUCGUCGCGCCUGCCGGUUUAACGCCAUCUGGUUUAAGAUUUGCAACCACCCUGUACCAGCAACUCCUAUCAAAUGCCGUAUUUACAUCCGCCUUUAGAGCUGGGCUCAGCACACAAGCCGCAACUGCUACGCUUUCUCACAUUUCAACUGCUGUCAGCGGACUUGGAGCGUUCAGCCGUCUGCCAAUAGCUGUCCUGACGUCUGAUUUCACUUCUGGCCUGGGUCGCCUUGGCGUAGGUGCUGCAGCGUCCCGUUACGCCCAGCUUGUUGCAGGAAGUAUUGCCUUAGAAGCGUCUCGGAGGCGAUUGAUUACCGACGGCCAAGAAACAUCUCUCGCCGAAGCCGUUGUCACGGCAGUUUCUAGUGGUAUCGAGGAAGCUCGAUCCGCUGGAGUUAUUUCCGGCGUCGAAGAGGCCGCUGCCAUUGCUGAAGCAGGAGAGACUGCCGCGGAAACUACUGCUGGAACUGAAAUUUCAGAAGCGGCUGCAGCGCAAGCGGCUGCUUAUGUCACUCCGGCAGGAGCUUCUCCAGCUGCUGCUAACCUUGGAAGAGGAAUUUAUUCUGCCCUCGUUUCGGAUCCGACAUUCGCUGGCGCAUUCUCUGCGCCCUUCUCUCUCCUGAAAGCCAAACCAGUACUUGUUGCUUUGGCCAGACGUAUAACAUCGUUCCCGCAGUUCGGAAGACUCCCAUUGAGUGCCUUAGUACCUGCCUAUAUAAACGCCGUUCAAAAAGUCCCACCAGGAUCGGAUCCCGCUGCUUACGCUCAAGCACUAGCCACAACAACAGCUCAAGCUCUUUCCGCUAACAAUUUGUUGUCGCCACAAGCAGUUGCUGCCGUGGGAGGCCAGCUACACUCCGCAGUGGCAGCCGCACUGCAAGCAACAUCUCAAGAACCUUCGGCAGCUGCUGCAGCGGAACGGGAAGAAGGAGUUGCCGACGAAGGAGUUACAGCUUUUGCUGCAGGUGAGGCCGCAGCAGGUGUUGGCGAAGCGGAAGAGAUCGCAGAGAGCGAAGAAUCUGUAGAAGAGGAGGAAGAUGAGUUUGAAGCUUCCGAAGAAGAAGAUUUAGAAGAGGCUGCCGGUUUAGAAGGAGAAGAGGCGUUCGUCGCUCCUGCCGGUUUAACGCCAUCUGGAUUAAGAUUUGCAACCAUCCUGUAUCAACAACUGCUAUCAAAUACUGCAUUUACAUCCGCGUUUAGAGCUGGGCUCAGCACACAAGCCGCAACUGCUACGCUUUCUCACAUUUCAACUGCUGUCAUUAGACUUGGAGCGUUCAGCCGUCUGCCAAUAGCUGUCCUGACGUCUGAUUUCAAUUCUGGCUUGAGUCGUCUUGGAGUAAGUUCUGCAGCGUCUCGGUACGCCCAGCUUGUUGCAGGAAGUAUUGCCUUAGAAGCUUCUAGGAGGCAAUUGAUUACCGAAGGCCAAGAAGCAUCUCUCGCCGAAUCCGUUGUCACGGCAGUUUCUAGUGGUAUCGAAGAAGCUCGAUCCGCUGGAGUUAUUUCCGGCGUCGAAGAGGCUGCUGCCGUUGCGGAAGCAGCUGAGACCGCUGAGGAAAUUACUGACUUAGCUGAAAUUUCAGAAGCUGCUGCAACGAAAGCGGCUGCUUAUGUCACUCCUGCAGGUGCUUCUCCAGCUGCGGCUAACCUUGGAAGCGGAAUUUAUUCUGCUCUUGUUUCGGAUCCGACAUUCGCUGGCGCUUUCUCUGCGCCGUUCUCCCUAAUAAAAGCCAGACCAGUCGUUGUUGCUUUGGCUAGACGUAUAACAUCGUUCCCGCAGUUUGGAAGACUCCCCUUGAGUACUUUAGUACCUGCUUAUAUAAGCGCCGUUCAAAGGGUCACGCCAGGAUCUGAUCCCUCUGUCUACGCUCAAGAACUUGCCAGAACAACAGCUGAAGUUCUUUCCGCCAACAAUUUGUUGUCGCCGCAAGCAGUUGCUGCCGUAGGAGGCCAGCUACACUCCGCACUGGCCGCUGCACUGCAAGCAACAUCUCAAGAACCUUCGGCUGCAGCCGCAGCAGAGCGAGAAGAAGGAUUUGCCGGCGAAGGAGUUAGAGCUCUCGCUGCAGGAGAGGCUGAAGCAGGUGUUGGCGAAGCGGAAGAGGCCGCAGAGAGUGAAGAAGCUGCAGAAGAGGUGGAAGAGGAGUUUGAAGCUUCCGAAGAAGAAGCAGAACUUGGUGUUCAAUUAUCCGCAAUUGAAUUAUCCUUUGCGAAGGAGAUCUAUAAUGCGAUUCUUGGAAAUCCUGCAUUUUCAUCUGCCUUUUCUUCACACUCAACACUUGAACAUAAGCAGUCUUUCCUUAAUGCCUUGGCCAAUCACAUCACAAAAAUACCUGAAUUUAGCACAGUUCAAUUGAAUGAGCUUUUCACCUCUUACUCGCAAGCUUUGGCAAGUACUUCAACUGGAACUGCGUUAAGUACAUAUGCCCGAAUUAUUGCGCAAACGACGGCAAAGGAACUAUACUUAAGGAAUUUACUCACACUUGAAGCCAUCACUGCAACUUCAGCUGAAGUAGAAGAAGCGAUUUCCGAGGCUUUGGAAGAACUUUCAGAAGAAAUUGUGCAAGCUAUAUCCACACAAGUUGCGUCAGUAGAGGUCACAGCAGAGAUUUCUAAACCGUACGCUGCUCCGGCAGGCGCAUCUCCUACUGCUGCAAACCUUGGAAGAGGAAUCUAUUCUGCUCUUGUUUCGGAUCCCACAUUCGCUGGCGCAUUCUCUGCGCCCUUCUCUCUCCUGAAAGCCAAACCAGUACUUGUUGCUUUGGCCAGACGUAUAACAUCGUUCCCGCAGUUCGGAGGACUCCCAUUGAGUGCCUUAGUACCUGCCUAUAUAAACGCCGUUCAAAAAGUCUCACCAGGAUCGGAUCCCGCUGCUUACGCUCAAGCACUAGCCACAACAACAGCUCAAGCUCUUUCCGCUAACAAUUUGUUGUCGCCACAAGCAGUUGCUGCCGUGGGAGGCCAGCUACACUCCGCAGUGGCAGCCGCACUGCAAGCAACAUCUCAAGAACCUUCGGCAGCUGCUGCAGCGGAACGGGAAGAAGGAGUUGCCGGCGAAGGAGUUACAGCUUUUGCUGCAGGUGAGGCCGCAGCAGGUGUUGGCGAAGCGGAAGAGAUCGCAGAGAGCGAAGAAUCUGCAGAAGAGGAGGAAGAGGAGUUUGAAGCUUUCGAAGAAGAAGAUUUAGAAGAGGCUGCCGGUUUAGAAGGAGAAGAGGCGUUCGUCGCUCCUGCCGGUUUAACGCCAUCUGGAUUAAGAUUUGCAACCAUCCUGUAUCAACAACUGCUAUCAAAUACUGCAUUUACAUCCGCGUUUAGAGCUGGGCUCAGCACACAAGCCGCAACUGCUACGCUUUCUCACAUUUCAACUGCUGUCAUUAGACUUGGAGCGUUCAGCCGUCUGCCAAUAGCUGUCCUGACGUCUGAUUUCAAUUCUGGCUUGAGUCGUCUUGGAGUAAGUUCUGCAGCGUCUCGGUACGCCCAGCUUGUUGCAGGAAGUAUUGCCUUAGAAGCUUCUAGGAGGCAAUUGAUUACCGAAGGCCAAGAAGCAUCUCUCGCCGAAUCCGUUGUCACGGCAGUUUCUAGUGGUAUCGAAGAAGCUCGAUCCGCUGGAGUUAUUUCCGGCGUCGAAGAGGCUGCUGCCGUUGCGGAAGCAGCUGAGACCGCUGAGGAAAUUACUGAAUUAGCUGAAAUUUCAGAAGCUGCUGCAACGAAAGCGGCUGCUUAUGUCACUCCUGCAGGUGCUUCUCCAGCUGCGGCUAACCUUGGAAGCGGAAUUUAUUCUGCUCUUGUUUCGGAUCCGACAUUCGCUGGCGCUUUCUCUGCGCCGUUCUCUCUAAUAAAAGCCAGACCAGUCGUUGUUGCUUUGGCUAGACGUAUAACAUCGUUCCCGCAGUUUGGAAUACUCCCCUUGAGUACUUUAGUACCUGCUUAUAUAAGCGCCGUUCAAAGAGUCACGCCAGGAUCUGAUCCCUCUGUCUACGCUCAAGAACUUGCCAGAACAACAGCUGAAGUUCUUUCCGCCAACAAUUUGUUGUCGCCGCAAGCAGUUGCUGCCGUAGGAGGCCAGCUACACUCCGCACUGGCCGCUGCACUGCAAGCAACAUCUCAAGAACCUUUGGCUGCAGCCGCAGCAGAGCGAGAAGAAGGAUUUGCCGGCGAAGGAGUUAGAGCUCUCGCUGCAGGAGAGGCUGAAGCAGGUGUUGGCGAAGCGGAAGAGGCCGCAGAGAGUGAAGAAGCUGCAGAAGAGGUGGAAGAGGAGUUUGAAGCUUUCGAAGAAGAAGCAGAACUUGGUGUUCAAUUAUCCGCAGUUGAAUUAUCCUUUGCGAAGGAGAUCUAUAAUGCGAUUCUUGGAAAUCCUGCAUUUUCAUCUGCCUUUUCUUCACACUCAACACUUGAACAUAAGCAGUCUUUCCUUAAUGCCUUGGCCAAUCACAUCACAAAAAUACCUGAAUUUAGCACAGUUCAAUUGAAUGAGCUUUUCACCUCUUACUCGCAAGCUUUGGCAAGUACUUCAACUGGAACUGCGUUAAGUACAUAUGCCCGAAUUAUUGCGCAAACGACGGCAAAGGAACUAUACUUAAGGAAUUUACUCACACUUGAAGCCAUCACUGCAACUUCAGCUGAAGUGGAAGAAGCGAUUUCCGAGGCUUUGGAAGAACUUUCAGAAGAAAUUGUGCAAGCUAUAUCCACACAAGUUGCGUCAGUAGAGGUCACAGCAAAGAUUUCUAAACCGUACGCUGCUCCGGCAGGCGCAUCUCCUACUGCUGCAAACCUUGGAAGAGGAAUCUAUUCUGCUCUUGUUUCGGAUCCCACAUUCGCUGGCGCAUUCUCUGCGCCCUUCUCUCUCCUGAAAGCCAAACCAGUACUUGUUGCUUUGGCCAGACGUAUAACAUCGUUCCCGCAGUUCGGAGGACUCCCAUUGAGUGCCUUAGUACCUGCCUAUAUAAACGCCGUUCAAAAAGUCUCACCAGGAUCGGAUCCCGCUGCUUACGCUCAAGCACUAGCCACAACAACAGCUCAAGCUCUUUCCGCUAACAAUUUGUUGUCGCCACAAGCAGUUGCUGCCGUGGGAGGCCAGCUACACUCCGCAGUGGCAGCCGCACUGCAAGCAGCAUCUCAAGAACCUUCGGCAGCUGCUGCAGCGGAACGGGAAGAAGGAGUUGCCGGCGAAGGAGUUACAGCUUUUGCUGCAGGUGAGGCCGCAGCAGGUGUUGGCGAAGCGGAAGAGAUCGCAGAGAGCGAAGAAUCUGCAGAAGAGGAGGAAGAGGAGUUUGAAGCUUCCGAAGAAGAAGAUUUAGAAGAGGCUGCCGGUUUAGAAGGAGAAGAGGCGUUCGUCGCUCCUGCCGGUUUAACGCCAUCUGGAUUAAGAUUUGCAACAAUCCUGUAUCAACAACUGCUAUCAAAUACUGCAUUUACAUCCGCGUUUAGAGCUGGGCUCAGCACACAAGCCGCAACUGCUACGCUUUCUCACAUUUCAACUGCUGUCAUUAGACUUGGAGCGUUCAGCCGUCUGCCAAUAGCUGUCCUGACGUCUGAUUUCAAUUCUGGCUUGAGUCGUCUUGGAGUAAGUUCUGCAGCGUCUCGGUACGCCCAGCUUGUUGCAGGAAGUAUUGCCUUAGAAGCUUCUAGGAGGCAAUUGAUUACCGAAGGCCAAGAAGCAUCUCUCGCCGAAUCCGUUGUCACGGCAGUUUCUAGUGGUAUCGAAGAAGCUCGAUCCGCUGGAGUUAUUUCCGGCGUCGAAGAGGCUGCUGCCGUUGCGGAAGCAGCUGAGACCGCUGAGGAAAUUACUGAAUUAGCUGAAAUUUCAGAAGCUGCUGCAACGAAAGCGGCUGCUUAUGUCACUCCUGCAGGAACUUCUCCAGCUGCGGCUAACCUUGGAAGCGGAAUUUAUUCUGCUCUUGUUUCGGAUCCGACAUUCGCUGGCGCUUUCUCUGCGCCGUUCUCUCUAAUAAAAGCCAGACCAGUCGUUGUUGCUUUGGCUAGACGUAUAACAUCGUUCCCGCAGUUUGGAAUACUCCCCUUGAGUACUUUAGUACCUGCUUAUAUAAGCGCCGUUCAAAGAGUCACGCCAGGAUCUGAUCCCUCUGUCUACGCUCAAGAACUUGCCAGAACAACAGCUGAAGUUCUUUCCGCCAACAAUUUGUUGUCGCCGCAAGCAGUUGCUGCCGUAGGAGGCCAGCUACACUCCGCACUGGCCGCUGCACUGCAAGCAACAUCUCAAGAACCUUCGGCUGCAGCCGCAGCAGAGCGAGAAGAAGGAUUUGCCGGCGAAGGAGUUAGAGCUCUCGCUGCAGGAGAGGCUGAAGCAGGUGUUGGCGAAGCGGAAGAGGCCGCAGAGAGUGAAGAAGCUGCAGAAGAGGUGGAAGAGGAGUUUGAAGCUUCCGAAGAAGAAGCAGAACUUGGUGUUCAAUUAUCCGCAGUUGAAUUAUCCUUUGCGAAGGAGAUCUAUAAUGCGAUUCUUGGAAAUCCUGCAUUUUCAUCUGCCUUUUCUUCACACUCAACACUUGAACAUAAGCAGUCUUUCCUUAAUGCCUUGGCCAAUCACAUCACAAAAAUACCUGAAUUUAGCACAGUUCAAUUGAAUGAGCUUUUCACCUCUUACUCGCAAGCUUUGGCAAGUACUUCAACUGGAACUGCGUUAAGUACAUAUGCCCGAAUUAUUGCGCAAACGACGGCAAAGGAACUAUACUUAAGGAAUUUACUCACACUUGAAGCCAUCACUGCAACUUCAGCUGAAGUGGAAGAAGCGAUUUCCGAGGCUUUGGAAGAACUUUCAGAAGAAAUUGUGCAAGCUAUAUCCACACAAGUUGCGUCAGUAGAGGUCACAGCGAAGAUUUCUAAACCGUACGCUGCUCCGGCAGGCGCAUCUCCUACUGCUGCAAACCUUGGAAGAGGAAUCUAUUCUGCUCUUGUUUCGGAUCCCACAUUCGCUGGCGCAUUCUCUGCGCCCUUCUCUCUCCUGAAAGCCAAACCAGUACUUGUUGCUUUGGCCAGACGUAUAACAUCGUUCCCGCAGUUCGGAGGACUCCCAUUGAGUGCCUUAGUACCUGCCUAUAUAAACGCCGUUCAAAAAGUCUCACCAGGAUCGGAUCCCGCUGCUUACGCUCAAGCACUAGCCACAACAACAGCUCAAGCUCUUUCCGCUAACAAUUUGUUGUCGCCACAAGCAGUUGCUGCCGUGGGAGGCCAGCUACACUCCGCAGUGGCAGCCGCACUGCAAGCAACAUCUCAAGAACCUUCGGCAGCUGCUGCAGCGGAACGGGAAGAAGGAGUUGCCGGCGAAGGAGUUACAGCUUUUGCUGCAGGUGAGGCCGCAGCAGGUGUUGGCGAAGCGGAAGAGAUCGCAGAGAGCGAAGAAUCUGCGGAAGAGGAGGAAGAGGAGUUUGAAGCUUCCGAAGAAGAAGAUUUAGAAGAGGCUGCCGGUUUAGAAGGAGAAGAGGCGUUCGUCGCUCCUGCCGGUUUAACGCCAUCUGGAUUAAGAUUUGCAACCAUCCUGUAUCAGCAACUGCUAUCAAAUACUGCAUUUACAUCCGCGUUUAGAGCUGGGCUCAGCACACAAGCCGCAACUGCUACGCUUUCUCACAUUUCAACUGCUGUCAUUAGACUUGGAGCGUUCAGCCGUCUGCCAAUAGCUGUCCUGACGUCUGAUUUCAAUUCUGGCUUGAGUCAUCUUGGAGUAAGUUCUGCAGCGUCUCGGUACGCCCAGCUUGUUGCAGGAAGUAUUGCCUUAGAAGCUUCUAGGAGGCAAUUGAUUACCGAAGGUAAAGAAGCAUCUCUCGCCGAAUCCGUUGUCACGGCAGUUUCUAGUGGUAUCGAAGAAGCUCGAUCCGCUGGAGUUAUUUCCGGCGUCGAAGAGGCUGCUGCCGUUGCGGAAGCAGCUGAGACCGCUGAGGAAAUUACUGAAUUAGCUGAAAUUUCAGAAUCUGCUGCAACGAAAGCGGCUGCUUAUGUCACUCCUGCAGGUGCUUCUCCAGCUGCGGCUAACCUUGGAAGCGGAAUUUAUUCUGCUCUUGUUUCGGAUCCGACAUUCGCUGGCGCUUUCUCUGCGCCGUUCUCUCUAAUAAAAGCCAGACCAGUCGUUGUUGCUUUGGCUAGACGUAUAACAUCGUUCCCGCAGUUUGGAAUACUCCCCUUGAGUACUUUAGUACCUGCUUAUAUAAACGCCGUUCAAAGGGUCACGCCAGGAUCUGAUCCCUCUGUCUAUGCUCAACAGCUUGCCUCAACAACAGCUCAAACUCUUUCCGCAAAUAAUUUGUUGUCGCCACAAGUAGUUGCUGCCGUUGGAGGCCAGCUACAGACUGCAGUAUUCACCGCACUGCAAGCAACAUCUCAACAACCUUCUGCUGCAGCCGCAGCAGAGCGAGAAGAAGGAUUUGCUGGAGAAGAAGUUGAGACUGCAAGAGAAAGUCGUUUGGGAACUAAAAUUUCAGAGAGCUCUUCAACUGUUGCACUUGAGGAAAAGCCCAAAAGCAUGCUCCCAUUGCACGAAGGCUACGUCCGCGUUUCUGGUUCUACAGACCUUGAAACAGCUUUUGGGGCACACUUGUACGGCACACUUUUAGUCAAUCCGCAAUUAUCAAAAAUAUUCGGACAAGAUGUUUCAUUAGCAAGCGUGAAACCAUUCUUAUCUGCUUUAGCAGACCGCAUUCAUUCUUUUUCAGCUUUUUCAUCUUUACCAUCUAGUAAUCUUCUUGACAAGUACGUUAAUGCUGUAAGCCAGAUGCCACCAGGAUCAUCAGAAGCAGAUUAUGCUCAAAUUAUUGCACAAACCACAGCUAAAACACUAUCUGAAAACAACUUGUUGACCUGGAAUGUUCUUGCUAUGGAAGAAGAGGAAUCGGAAGGUUCUGUUUCUAUUACAGUUGAGGAACAUGUUCAAGAUCUUUCUUCAGAAGUAGCAUCAACUUCCGCUGAAACUACGUCGGUGGAAAUUGCAACAUCUGCUAUAUUGUCCCCAAGUGUUCUCAUAACACUUUCCUCAGCUAGCGCAGAGAAAAGGGUGUCGGAUUUAUUAUCAGUUAUAAUUUCCUCUCUUCCUUUAGAAGGACAAAGAUUCAAUUUCGCAAGCUUUGCUCAACAGCUCUCACGUUCAAUAUCUCAAAUAAAAUCAAGUAAUCCUUCUUUGUCCUCUACCGAUGCUGUGAUCGAAGGAUUGCUAGAAGCACUUACAGCCCUUCUACAAGUACUUCAGAAUGCAAAUGUGAAGGAAAUCAAUGCUGAGAACUCUGUGUAUAUUAAAGAAGCUUUAACAGAAUCAUUAAAAUCCGUUUUCGUGGUAUAA